AUGACUUCGCUCGUCUUUCGUCAACUCCUUGGUCGCUCCGUAGCUGGAAGCUGCACCAUUGCCGCCGAAGAUGAUUUUGGGCCAGUUGUCGAGGGAUGUUUGGACAACUUUGACUUUACGCUUCUAUUCCAAGAAGCUAUCCUCUCGAUAACCCCGAUGGGCGUGACGAUUCUCCUACUGCUUCAUCGUCUUCUGUAUUUGCGCAAGCAGCCUCAAAAAGUCUAUUCUGGAGGUUUACUGCAGAAAGCCAAACUGGUUGCAUUCGCCGUCUUCACAACGGUCCAGAUUGCGCUCGUUGCCAUUGCAGCCCUUCCCGGCACCCCGACUACGGCAGCAUCGCUGGCAUGUGCUGUAGUCAACCUGCUCGGGGCGGCCAUCAUGUGGGUUUCAUCUCAUCUCGAGCAUGUGCGCUCGGUCCGGCCGUCUCUGCUUUUGAACGCCUACUUCUUCUUCUCGCUUCUUUUCGACAUUGUACGCGCGCGGACCCUCUGGGCAAUCUCGCAGAAUGCCGCGUUUGCCAGUGGCUUCUGCGCUUCAAUUGGCUUAAAAGUCGUCUGUUUGGUCCUCGAGGCCGUGGAGAAGCAAAGCAUUCUUCUUCCCGAAUACGCCACGUAUCCGUCUGAAGCCACGGCCGGUUUUUUCAAUCGCAACUUCUUUCUCUGGCUGUGUCCAACGUUGAUCCGUGGCUUCAGCAAAGAGCUGGUCGUUACAGAGCUCGAGGCCAACGAUAGGUCGCUGGAUCCGAAUACCCAUCAGAACAAGCUCCAGGCGCUCUGGAACAAGUGGAGGAGAUGGAACAAGAAGAUGUCUCACUCGCUUCUCGUGACGUAUGCCGUUCACUUUCGAUGGAAGCUCGCGGCGGCCGUCAUUCCCCGACUCUGUUUGAUCGGCUUCAAAUUUGCGCAACCGUUCUUGGUUCAGUCAGCUGUCGUCUACCUCUCCGAGCUGAAUGGCCAACAUUCAAGAAACUCGGGCUAUGGGCUGAUCGCAGCGUACAUCAUUGUUUAUGUUGGAAUUGCGAUCAGCGGUACGAAAGCACAGCACAAAGCAUUUCGUCUCAUCACAAUGAUCAGAGGAACUCUGAUUAGCCAGAUUUUCGACCAUACCCUCAAACUCAGCACAUCGUCUUUAAACGAAUCCAAAGCCGUUACGCUAAUGAGUUCUGAUAUCGAGAGAAUCGGCACAGGAUUGCGCAACGUGCAUGAAAUUUGGGCUUGUAUCAUUGAGAUAGCACUGGCCAUGUGGUUACUCCAAGGUCAACUCGGAAUAUCAAUUAUCGCGACUGGACUCGUCACUCUAUUCUGCACUGGUGGCGCGGUCUGGGUAGCAAAAGGUGCUGGAGACCGUCAAAGCGUCUGGCUUGAAGCAAUUCAAAGGCGAGUCCAUGCAACGGCAAAUAUGCUGGGCUCGAUGAGGGGCGUCAAGAUGUCCGGCCUCACCAAUGACUUGUCGGCCAAUAUUCGAAAAUUGCGUCUCGAGGAAAUUAGCUCUUCAUACGAGUUCAGAAGAUUGCUUGUCCGCGUCGUGAAUCUAUCUUUCAUGUCAACCGCUCUGACUCCCGUCAUUACGUUCCUCGUCUUUAGCGUUUUGGCCAAAGUCAACAAUUCUCAAACACUGACUCCCGAAAUCCUAUUUCCCGCCUUGACACUGUUUGAACUCCUAGCUUCUCCUGUUUCCGUACUAAUCGAAACCCUUGGAGGUGUCAUGUCCGCGGUCGGUUCCUUCCAGCGAAUCGGCGAGUAUCUCGCGACGGAAGUACACGUUGACAGCAGGAACAACGUCACAUACGAGAAACACGGGUCAUUUGGACUAGAAAUGCCUCCAGUUAUCCCCAGGUCAAUCAUCUCGAUGGGAAGACGAGGGUUAGAAAACUGUGUGGAGGUGGCCAAACUAAGUGUUGGUUAUGGCAACAACGAGGCGCCAGUUUUGAAGGAGCUUAAUUUUGAGAUCAAGACUUCGCAAAUUGCUAUGAUUAUUGGUCCAGUGGGAUGUGGCAAGUCAACAUUGAUUCAUGCAUUACUUGGUGAGAUACCCAAGACUUCCGGCUCCAUCCAUAUAGCCUUUCAAGAAGCGGCGUACUGCAGCCAGACAGCCUGGAUUACGAAUGGGACGGUACGCCAGAAUAUUCUGGGGGAACUGGAGAUGGAUGAAGCCUGGUACAACACUGUCAUCCAUGUGUGCGCCCUAGAUACCGACCUUGAACAGUUUCAUGGAUCUGAUCUGUCCAUGGUGGGAAGCAAAGGCGUCAGGUUGAGUGGAGGCCAACAGAUGCGUCUGGCGCUUGCAAGAGCACUCUACUCGCGUAAAGCAGUUAUUUUCCUUGACGACAUCUUCAGUGGCUUGGACUCAACGACGGAAGAGAAGAUUUUUGCGCGCCUCUUCGGCCACGACGGCCUCUUCCGGAAACAAAAGACAACAGUCAUCAUGGCAACCAACGCUGUUCAUCGCCUGUCCUCAGCAGACCACAUCAUUGCCCUCAGCAGUGACGGCCGAGUCCUCGAGCAGGGCAGCUUCGAAGAGUUGCAGGCUACCGGUGCUUACACGCGCGCGCUGGCACCAUCGAAACGCAAGACGGCGUCUGCAGGAGACCCCAUGACGACGCAGAUCAAUACCCAGUUGUCACAUGCAAUAGCCCCAGAGGUUCCAAAAGGCUUGCAAAGACGCACGGGCGAUGGAACAGUGUAUAACUAUUACAUAGCCACUUUUGGCUGGUACAAGUGGUCAAUUCUCAUGUUCUUCGCUGCGUGCUACGGUCUAUUGACCGUCUUCCCUCAGGUGUGGGUUAAUUGGUGGGCAACGGCAAACUUGAAGCAGCCGAGUUCACAGCUUGCAUACUAUGUUGGCAUCUACGCCGCCCUUAGCAUUCUGUUUCUCAUUGCCGAGUACGGCGGUUGGACUGAACAGGCUGACAAAAUGGUCACAAGGCAUCUCAUCAUCAACUUGGUCCCAAAGACAGCCCUGAAAGUACACGACACUCUACUUCGGACUGUUCUCAAUGCACCCAUGUCCUUUUUCGCCAAGACCGACACUGGCGUCACACUCAACAGAUUCAGUCAGGACCUGGAGCUCAUUGACAUGGAACUCCCUCUGUCAGUCAUCAACACCGUCAUAAUUUUCGCAGUCAUCAUCGCCCAAAGCGUUUUAAUCUGCGUGACUGGCCGCUACGUUGCUGCGGUUCUUCCCUUGUGUGUUGGCAUCGUCUAUGCCGUGCAAAAGUAUUACCUCCGCACGUCGCGACAGUUGCGGUUACUCGACAUUGAAGCAAAAUCGCCUCUGUUUUCACACUUCCUAGAAGCCCUCUCGGGGCUGGCUACCAUUCGCGCGUUUGGCUGGCAGAAUGGAUAUCUCGAGGAGAGCAAGCGCAUCCUCGAGCUGUCACAACGCCCUUACUACAUGUUGUUCUGUGUGCAGAGAUGGCUAGGCUUGGUUCUUGAUCUCAUCGUCACCGGCAUCGCCGUGGUGCUUGUGUCGAUUGGCGUUGAGGCCAAGGGUGUUGUUGACACGGGGCUGAUGGGGCUGGCGCUGGUGAACAUUGUGAGUUUUAGCACGAAUUUGAAGUUCUUGGUGACCAACUGGACAUUACUGGAAACAUCCAUCGGUGCUGUUUCGCGCGUCCGUAGCUUUGAGCAGGGCACCGAGUCGGAGAACAACGACGAUGGGCGGCAAAGACAGCCGCCGAGCGAUUGGCCUAGCGCGGGUGCAAUCACAUUUGAAGGCGUGACGGCGCGGUUUGACGAAUCACUACAAAAGAAUGUCCUCCGUGACGUGUCCUUGACGAUCAAAGGAGGGCAACGCAUCGGCAUUUGCGGGCGAAGCGGCAGUGGAAAGUCUUCUCUAGUUUCCACCCUGUUCCGCCUCCUGGAUCCCCAUGCCGGCCGCAUCACCAUCGACUCAAUCGACAUUUCCACUCUCGCACGGCAUGAAGUGCGCUCGCGUCUUACCGCCAUUCCUCAAGAACCUUACCUGCUCACAGGGACCAUCCGCGUAAACGUGGAUCCAUUCGGCCGGGCAUCAGAUGAAAAGAUAAUCAGAGUGCUCGAGACGGUCGGAUUGUGGAAGUUGGUCCAGGAGAAGGGUGGCCUUGAUGCCGUGAUGACUGAAGGUUCAUUCUCACACGGCCAGCGCCAGCUUGUGUGUCUUGCGCGCGCCAUGACGAGAGAGAGUUGUGUGCUCGUCAUGGAUGAGGCGAGUAGCAGUCUUGACGUCAAAACGGAUGCACUUUUUCAGCAAGUUAUCCGCUCCGAAUUUGCAAAGCACACGAUUAUAGCAGUAGCGCACCGCCUGGACACCGUAGUGGACUUUGAUUACGUUGCUGUGCUAGACGACGGAGUGGUGGUAGAGUUCGAUGCGCCAGAGGAGUUGCUCAAGCGCCCAUCGGCGUUUAGAGAGCUUUACGAAGCACAGAAGGGGGAAACGAUCGAGGAAGAGGAAGAGGAGAUAUCAGAUUCGACUACUGCGAAUGAGAAGUGGGGAUGGAUGUGGGAAUAA